CAGGUUAAUUUGCGGACACGAUUUUCAGACGUGAUUAAUGCUUAUUUCUGGUCUGGGCUUUCACGAACUUCCAGUGUUUGGAGUUGGAACCGAAGGACUACGAUUCUGGGGAGGAUUCUGUGCCGGAAAAGGAGCACGAGCAGCGGCAGGCGGUGGUCCUGCAAUCCGUAGAUCUCUCCAAUCCACCUGACUUAACAUCCUUAAACUCCGAUGAACUCUUAACCGCGCACAAAUCAUGGAUCCCUUGGUGUUCUUCAUAGUGCUGGCUUCGAUCUAUGGCGUUCUGUACUUCUUUGACCGGUUCUUUAAGAGCUGCAUGCACUACCCAUACGAUGCCUUCCUCAAGAACACCGGACUGAGUGUGAACUUCAUGAGCCUUCACUGGCACACGAGUGCCUUCAACAGGACCCUUCUGCGCUGGGGAUCCGCCGGGAACAGCUGCACCCGCCGAGUAAUGCUCACCAGCUUUAAUGUCGGUGUCCUGGUCACCUUUUCACUGCUCCCUAUUGGUCUCAUCUUGCUCAUCGCCACCAUCUUUAGCAGUGGCGAGCAGGACACCUCAUCUGCGUCCUCAUCCUCGCCGGUUGGAGUGCCUGUUCAGCUGGAGAUCCUGCUGCCGGGCGUAAACCUGCCGCUCGAGGAGAUCGGGUACUACAUCACCACACUGGUGCUGUGUCUGGUGGUCCACGAAAUGGGACACGCUCUGGCCGCCGUCAUGGAAGAUGUGCCCGUCACUGGGUUUGGGAUUAAGUUUAUCUUCUGCCUGCCACUGGCGUACACAGAGCUCUCCCACGACCACCUGAACAGCCUGCGUUGGUUCCGCAAGCUGCGAGUGCUGUGCGCCGGCAUCUGGCACAACUUUGUGUUCGCCGGCGUGUGCUACCUCCUAAUCUCAACGGUGGGCAUCACCAUGUCGCCGCUAUACGCCUACAAUCAGCACGUGGUGGUCACCGAAUUGACCAGGAAAUCGCCGCUGCGCGGAGAACGUGGCCUGCAGGUGGACAACCAGAUCACCCAGGUGAAUGGCUGUCCGGUGGACAGCGAGGAGAGUUGGGUGGCCUGCCUGCAGAGCUCACUUAAACUCAAGCCGGGCUACUGUGUGAGUGCGGACUUUGUGCAGCUCAAUGACGAGAGCAGCGCAAUCUCGCAUCACAGUAUCGAUGGCCAGCUCCAGUGCUGCGAUGAGCUGAAUCCGAAUGUGAGCUGCUUCGAGGUGGUGGAGGAUGUCAAUGGAGAUGUGCCCGUGGAGCUGCCGCAGCACGUGUGCCUGAAUGUGCGCCGCACCCUGGAGGAGGUUACCGAGCACUGUUCUUCGGGAAUUUGCAACGAGGGCUUCUGCCUGCGCCCGCUGAUACGGAACAUCACUGCCAUAAUGACGUUCAAGCGGCAGAAUUCGCGCGGAGAGAAGCUGCCACCAGUGAUCUAUGUGGGUCAUCCGUGGGAUGUCACGCGAACGGUGGAGGUUUCGGCCUUUGUGCCCAGGUAUUCCUUCCUGAAGGCCGCCUGGCCGGAUGCCUGGCUGCUACUCCUCAAGUACAAUGUGGUCUUCAGCAUAGGAUUGGCCCUGAUCAAUGCCAUACCCUGCUUCGGCUUCGAUGGCGCCCACAUAACGAGCACCGUGAUACACAGCUUCCUGGUGGGCCGUGUGGAUCAGCAUGCCAAGAGGGAUCUCAUUUCGGUGAUAAUCACGAGCGUGGGCUCCCUGCUCUUUGGAUUGGCCCUGCUCAAGGUGGCUUGGUUGAGCUUUCUGCGACCCCUGCUUUAGGAACUGAUACUGAUAACUGAUAGGAUGGAACCAGGGAGUCCAACUCCCUCCAAAGACGCUAGACUGCUAAUUCACCUCCACGAAGCACACACGAAACACACACAGCGAAUUGUAGCACCUCAAAGAUUCGAUAGCUUUUGUCAUAGUCCUUAGUCUUAAUUCGUAUUUAUUUUCGUACGGUUGUCGAGCUCAAAAAUAUAAAACCAAAUUAAGCAAA